AUGAAAGCAUCUUCUCCACCUCCUUACCCUGUUCGAAUAACAGUCAUGGGAGGUGGCAAUUUCGGAUUAGCCCUCGCCACGGUCGCCGCUCGGAAAGGAAUACCGACUACACUUUUAGUCCGAUCCGACGACAUUGCACAGUCCAUCAACACCAAUCAUACUCAUCCUCGGUACAUGAAGGAUAUUGUGCUGCCGGCUCGAAUUCGUGCCACAUCAGACCCUGAAAAAGCACUUUCAGAUGCUACUUACAUAGUGCACGCUGUCCCUGUGCAAUACAGUCGGGCCUUUUUGGAUUCUGUCAAAGAGUUCAUUGCACCCAACACGCCCGUUCUGAGUGGCUCCAAAGGUAUCGAAACUUCUAGCCUUGGUUUCAUGGCGGAUAUACUGAAAGAAUCCUUGGGACGGGACCGUCCCUACGCGUUUUUGUCGGGACCAUCUUUUGCCCGCGAAAUUUGCGAGGGAGUCGCGACCGCUGUGGUUGUUGCUUCGGAAGACCUCAUGUUGGCACGAGAUUUAGCGGACCUCCUUAGCGACGACAAUUUCCGCUGCUUUACUUCACGAGAUGUUAUGGGGGUUGAGAUUGGUGGCGCCGUAAAAAACGUCAUUGCUUUGGCGGCCGGAAUGUGUGAAGGUUUGGGAUUGGGAACGAACGCCAUGAGUGGACUGGUUACCCGAGGCUGUGGCGAAAUGCGACGAUUGGGCUUGACCUUCGGAGCGCGACCCAGCACCAUUGCUGGCUUGUCUGGUGUCGGUGAUACGUUUGGAACAUGUUUUGGGCCACUGUCGCGCAACCGCAAAUUCGGAUACAGGCUUGGGAAGGGAGAGACCAUGGAAGAAAUCAAAGCAUCAUCCACGGAGGUUGCUGAAGGCGUAGAUACAGCAAUCGCACUCGUGAAUCUAAUCAAAACAGAAUGCAAGGGAUAUCGACUAGACCUUAAGUUCCCAAUACUUUUUGGCGUAGCUGCUAUUUUGGAAGGAAAUCUGACACCGAGAGAAGGUCUGAUAGGGAUAAUGAACAUGCCUUUUCAAAUGGAGAACUUUGACGAACGAUAA